AUGCACGGCGUCUUGGGGAACGUGACUCAAAAUCCGGAGGUACGAGAUACGGGCGGCUCCGAGAUCCAGCCAAUUCUGAGCGGUACUAGUGUGUCGGUGGAUGCCUUCCUAGUCCUUGCUGCCUGCAUACUCACCCCGACCUUCCUCGUGUUCCGUCGGCAGCCCCAGUCUACCCGUCUCUCGCUGGACAAUGCUCUUUCAGCGGUCCUCAUCCUGCACUCGCUGUUUAUACUCUACACCGUUCUCGUAAGAUGGCCACCGAACAUCUUUCAACGCCUCAAAAUACCCUUGACUGCCCCUUCGGAGACUAUCCGUGCCGUCCUCCUGCAACGCGCCGGUCUACCCCAAGACGCGACCCUCCCUUGUCCGCUGGGCUCGCUUCUAACGCGUCUCUCGUCUUUCGAUACGCGUACUCACUACGUUAGAUUCGGCCAAUCGGUCAUACAGGACUGCGAGCACUGCACCACCUUCGAUGAGUACGCCAUCUUCGCCGCGCCCCGCAUGGCCCUCGGAUACAUCAUGGAGUGCGCCGUUGCAGGACUUAUGACGAUAAGCGGGAGCGGCCACGAGAGGUGGCGGACGUAUGCCGUAGGCGCCAUCGUCGGUGCGUUUAUCCUCGAGGGCUAUUGGCUCGCCACGACGCCUAUUCGUAGACCGCACGACGGCAUGAAUGUAAUCAUGUGGCACGAUAACCUCUGGCUCGCGCGACACGCAUUCUUUCCUCUCCUCCCGCUGCUCAUCCGCCUCCUCCCCCGCGCGCCGCUCCACCCGACCCCAGUCCCCACGCAGGCGUGA